CCGCAGACAUGAGACAGCUCUUGGUUUUAUUGGUGCUGAUCGGAAUUGGCCUUUCCGAAGCCAAGUUGAAUCGAGUGAAGCUCCAGGUGAACAGGAAUUUCACCAAGACCCAUGGAAGUGUGAAGGCUGAGAAGUCCUUGUUGGCUGUUAAAUACUCUUUUCUGGCGGAAUCGAGUACGAGUGCAUCAACGGGUACAGAAACUCUGCAUAACUCCCUGAACAACGAAUACUACGGAGUGAUUUCAAUUGGAACCCCCAAGCAGAGGUUCAAUAUUCUCUUCGACACGGGAUCCUCCAAUUUGUGGGUGCCAAGUUCCCAAUGCCCUAAAUCGAAUACCGCUUGCCAAAGACACAACAAAUACGAUUCAUCGGCUUCUAGUACUUAUGUGGAAAAUGGUGAGGCGUUCGAAAUCCAAUACGGAACUGGUAGUUUGUCCGGAUUCCUCUCAACCGAUACUGUUUACAUUGCGGGAAUUGGCAUCCAAAGUCAGACUUUUGGCGAAGCCAUCAAUGAACCAGGAACCACUUUCGUGGAUGCUCCUUUUGCCGGAAUCCUUGGAUUGGCCUUUGCCUCGAUUGCCGCGGAUGGAGUGACUCCUCCUUUCGAUAACCUCGUUUCCCAGGGUCUGCUGGAUCAGCCUGUGAUCUCUUUCUACCUUAAGAGACAAGGAACUGCUGUUAAGGGAGGAGAACUGAUCCUCGGAGGCAGUGACUCCAGUCUCUACAAGGGAAGCCUCACUUACGUUCCCGUUUCGGUUCCCGCCUACUGGCAAUUCAAGGUGAACACCAUCAAAACCAAUGGCAUUGUGCUGUGCAAUGGUUGUCAGGCAAUCGCUGAUACCGGAACCUCCUUGAUUGUGGUUCCCCAGGCGGCCUACACCAAAAUCAAUCGCCAGUUGGGAGCAGAGGAUAAUGGUGGAGAGGCCUUCGUGAGAUGCGGAAGAAUCCCAACUCUGCCCAAGGUUAACCUCAAUAUCGGUGGCACUAUCUUCACUCUGGCACCCCGGGAUUAUAUAGUCAAGAUCACCCAGGGUGGCACAACCUACUGCAUGUCCGCAUUCACCACAAUGUCGGAUGUUUCCUUCUGGAUUCUGGGUGAUGUCUUCAUCGGAAAGUUUUACACUGAGUUCGACAAGGGCAACUCGAGGAUUGGUUUUGCCCGAGUCGCUGACUACGUGGUUUAAUUUUGAAUGGAUUUAUUAUUUCAAGAGGAACAUUUAUUUGGAUACCAAAAAACCAUGACAAACACCAAAUGCCAUAACAAAAAAAUAGACAAGAUUUUAGAACAUUUAAACUAGUGAAAAUAUGGUAAU